AUGUUAGCACCAGCCAAUUCAUUGCAUCCUGAUCCAACAUCGUAUGUUACCAGACUUCACUCGAAUUUCUUGAGUCUUUCACCAUUGUAUCCACAUGACCAAUCUAUUCCCUCUCAUGUCUCACCGGACAUUGAAAAGUGGACUCAUGUUUUUGUUCGGGAUGAUUCUGUCAGAGGACCGCUCAUUUCUCCCUAUAAAGGACUGUUUCGUGUGCUAUCGCGCACACCCAAAACUUUUAGUCACGACAUCAAUGGUCAGGCAGAGACCAUGUCAAUCAAGCGACUUAAAAAGGUAUAUUUUGAGGUUUCCACACCCUUCAAUGACACUCCAGCCACACUCACUUUUGAUCCUUUACAACCACCUACACAUCCACCUGCACAUGCACCUUUGACCACACCAUCACCUACACCUCCACCUUCAUCGCCACAACCUAACAUAAACAAACCUCAUGUCACCAGGACAGACCGUACUGUGCAUUGGACCCCAAAACUUACCAAAACUAUUUACAUCUGA